AUGUCGAAUCCCUCCAAAGACUCUCAGGAAAGAAGCGCCAAAGCACCAACAAGACGAGAGGAGGAGGACCCUGGCAUGUUUGGAGAGAGACGGAUGCGUUGCCAGCGACUCCAGGCCAAGAGCAGUGGGCCUCUUUCCUCUCCAAGGCGUCCGGCGCCGGAGUGGCCUGACCUGCUGAGCAUUACCAGCGUCAAAGAAAAGCCACGGCCACGACGUGAGCCUGAGCCGUGGGAGGAGGACAAGGACUCCGCCGCUGAACCGCAUGGAAGUAUUUGGUUCGACCUGACGUGGAAGGCCCGGUCCGUGGCGCUCUCGCCGGACCGCCGAAGAGCCUCCUGGAGAAACAGCAGAUAUGGCGGCUUCCUGACCUCGGCGCAGCAUCUCAGGAAGACGGUCUAUGGCCGUUUCUUUGAGGUUUGCAUCGAGCAAGUGGAUACAAAGUGGUCAGAUGGCUUCGGCAUAGGCAUUGGGGUGCACCCAUCUUUGAGCUCUACAUUGGAAGCAGACAUCGGAGGUUUCUAUGAGGCUGCAGGCUCUCGCCGGCAGCGGCUCCAUGGGCUCUGGAAGGCCUUCCAGCACGAGUUUGGCACUCAGCGGCGAGAUGUGAGAUUUGAGUCUUGCAGCUCUGAGAGGAUUGCUGCCCGUCGUGGUUUCCAGCCAACUUUGGCAGUUGGAGGGAAGGAUUCCGCACCUCUCUCGAUCAGCACGAAGAAAGAGCAACCCAAGAAGAGGGAGAAGAGGAGAAUCAAGGCUGUGGAUUCCAUCCACAACUACUACAAAAUUGGCGAGACUGUGAUGCCCUCCAGCCACAGUGGGAUGUCGGUGGUUUUUGCCAAGCGCGUCGACAACGGCCUGGAGGUUGUCGUCAAGGUGCGAGCGAAAGCAAAUUCUUUUGUGGACCGUGCCGAAGAAAGGGAAUGGCGCCACAAUACGGAAUUCAUGCUGAACCUGCCUGAAACGGAAGGCAUCGCGAAGCUCUAUGAGGUGCUCGAAGACAAAAAGGGUUACUACGUGAUCAUGGAGAAAGUGGCUGGUCAGGAUCUCUUUGAGACCAUGACUGGGAAAGGUCUGCUGCCUGUGGCAGAAGUGAAGGAGGUGAUCAAGCAGCUUCUACAGGCACUGGCCGAGCUUCAUGCACGGAAUUGUAUCCACAAGGACUUGAAGCUGGAGAACGUGAUGUUCGACAGGACUCCGCCCAUCAAUGCGAAAGUCGACUGGUCAAACACUGGGGACCAAUCUCCGGUCAAGGUGAAGUUGAUCGACUUUGACACCGUGGAGACGGUCCAGCCACAGACGCCAAAGAAGGCGAAGGAUGUCCUCGGGACAGAUCAGUACAUCGCUCAGGAGGCGUAUGAUGGAAACUACUCUGCGGCUUCGGACAUUUUUGCAGUUGGUGUCAUCGGAUAUCGGCUCCUCACUGCCAAGUUUCCUUUCCGUGCAGACAUCUUUGAUGACGAGGCCGGCGACAAUUGGGUCGGCUCCCCGAAGAUGAAGGAGAUCCGGCAGAAGCUGCAGAAUUACAAGAUCGAUUGGAAUCAUCGGGUUUUCAGCUUGGAGCCGCAGGCCUGCAACCUCAUCAAGGCCAUGCUCGCCAGCAACGAGAGGGAGCGUCCCACUGCCAAGGAAGCACUGGCAAAUGGCUGGUUUAACGAAACCGGGCGACGGCGAUCCAUGCCAGAUUUGGAUCGGGCCGGCCGGGUGACUGAGUGUCGAACUGUUUCGGUUUGUUCGAUUUAA